UAAAGGACUUACAUAACAUUUGAUUAUUUAAGAGUCUAAAAUGCGUCUAAGUCUACUUGGAGUAACACAAUUCGACGUUUCCCUCCCUACCCUCGUUUCCGGAGCUGACCUAUGUAUUACUUUGACAGCUUGAAUUUUACAAACACUACUUCCUAUCAGCUGAGCUUCAGCUGACUGCUGCCCGACUGUAGCCUGUUUUGUUUACAUCCCGCUAAUUAAUUAUCAUACAACAAACAUAAAUACACUGCACCAUAAAUCGUGUUAGUCAUUAUGUAGUACAGAUACCAAGAACGCAAUGACAACAAUUUGUCAAUUUAAAAAAAGAUAAUGACAUCCAGAAACCGUAUUCACCUGUCAAGGGAUGUGUCAAUUAAUAAGUAAAUAUUGGUCAUACUUAAAUAUCGGUAGGAUAAGUAAGACAAGUUGCGCUGAUAGAUCCUGUUUUUGUUCAUGUGUCGAUAAAGGUUCGACACUUUGAACCAUCAUGGCAGCCUACGUGUUUCCCACUGCUGUAAGAUGCUUGGUGACUUUGGUACCUUUUAGCUACGUUCCGGCUUUGAGAAUCACCUGUUGUCAGGUCGUCAGUAAGACAAUUCAAGGUUACACGAGCUCGAGGAAGUGCUGUUCUUCCACGUCAAUCUCCUCAGAAUCUCCCACUAUUGAUGAUUCGUAUAUUAUAGGGUACGACCGCUUGGUCCAGUGUGCCUCUUUGGGAGAUGCUUUGCAAAGGAGUGUUCUCCAGCGGCUGGCUAGCCUACAACAGACUCUGCAAAAUUACAGUAACACUUCCUACUUGAACCAGCCUCUGACAAUAAACGGCAAUAGACUUCUGAAAAGGACCGAGCCCUGCAUUAUAACAAGUGGAGCAUCUGCUGGAAAAGAAGAAGAUGCUCCACCUUCUCCACCUAAAGGUUUCUAGAUUUAUGGAGAUGUUGGUGAGAACAUUACAGAAUUGGGAGACCAUGUUGAUGGGGUACAAAACAGCCGCAAGAGGCGAGUCCACUUCAACGGCUUCAUGCUGGAAAUAAAAAAAGGGAUCCACCGGCAGAAACAAAGCCUGCCGAGUCGAACGCUAGGCAACAUGUUCACCUAUGACCCCAUAUCCCUACGGAGAUCGCCAUGUUUUGAUGAGUUUCAAGUGACGGACAUCGCUGACGCCGUGAUCCUGAGGCAGAUUUUCCAGGCGUUGUUCAAGACCGGGGUGGCGGUGGUGGCGACCUUCAAUAGAGCGCCUGGUGAUCUGUACAAAAACGGACUUCAGAGGGACACCUUUCUACCUUUCAUCGACGGGCUGAAGGAAUACUGCCACUGCCUCAACUCUGGUUUGGGCUACAGGAGGCUGCUCAGGACUGGAACAGGGAAACUCCUUCCUAGUAAAAAGCUAAUUACUGGUCCAAAGGUGCUCACCGUGCUGGGCAGGGAAGUGACGCUGGAGAAAACCUGCGGCUCCGUUGCAGACUGCACUUCCCUCAAACUGUGCGCCAGAGUGACUUUGAAAAAUGAUUUAGCCACAAAUGCUUACACAACACACGUCGCCCCCCCCCCCUCUUCGUCUCUUGGUGCGGUGUUCAUCCGUCACGUUCCUGUGCUAACGCUGCGCAUCAAGGACCGUUUCACCACCCUCGUCGACAACUUCUACGACCAUAAGGUGAGAGUGGUGAUUCAAGCUGCGGCUCCGUUACAUGAGCAAACCGGAGGAGAUGAUGAGCGGGGCCAACAGCUUCUGGAUGACUUGGGCCUGAAGGAGAAGGUGGCUGUGUGACUGACUCUUUUCACAGCUGAGGAGGAAACGUUUGCCUUUCAAAAAACUGUUUCCAGGCUCACGGAGAUGCAGACCGACACGUACUGGAUGGAGGGAGAUCGCAGACAAACGAAGAAACACCUCAACACAUAAUUUUCACUAGUGGCUACCUGAUGUGUAUAUUUCAUAUAGAAAAAGCAGAAUAAAAAAAUAGAAAUUACAGAAUAGAAAUUCUGCACUGUUGAAAAUAUUGAAAGGCUGAGAGUUAACUGAAAAUCAAAGUAUGUAUGGAUGAUAGAAAGUGUUUCAUGAUUCUACAUGGGUUCAUUUGUUUAAGACAUUACGUUUUAAAUUCAGGUUGGAACUUUGUUUUUUAUUCAAGGGGGUAAAUAACGUAUAUCAUAAUUUACUGAGCCGGGAACGUGCUAGUACUGUAAACGUCGCAACGGAACGUCCAUAGUAGUUAGCGGCUGCCCUCUUGUGGACAAAAUAGGAACAUGCUCCGGUGUUUGUAGUAAUUUCGCUUGUAGAUGCAAUCCGUCCAUUUUCAUCAAUUUCAAAACGGUGACCCCUUAGAGCUCAACUAACCAUUUUGGUGCCUUCUUGGAGGCGUUUUCACCAAGUGUAGCAAAUCCGAACAUUCCUUAUUUCCCAAGCAAUGUUACAAAGGGUGUUCAAAAUUAAUUUGUUUGUGAACGUCCCUUUUGUCGCCAGUAGAUGGCAGCAGAAGGCCACCAGUUGCUGCAAAGGAUGAGCUUCUCCCUCUUCAAGGAUGAGGUCAUCUUCAUGCACCAUUCCAGCCUGGACCAGCCUUCUGCUACCUUGGCCAACGCACAACAAAGAGAAAUCUGCACUCGUUAAAUGCGUUGGCCUGGAUAAAUGACUAGUAAACAG